AUUCUUGACUUGAUUUACUCUUGUUUCUGCUCUGUUUUGUUUCUUUUCCCACAGCUGUUUGUUGCUGGUUUGAUUGUGUUGCUGUUAGAUGAGCUGCUACAGAAAGGUUAUGGCUUGGGGUCUGGUAUUUCCCUGUUUAUUGCUACCAAUAUCUGUGAAACCAUUGUCUGGAAGGCGUUUAGUCCCACUACCAUCAACACCGGUAGAGGAACAGAGUUUGAGGGUGCUGUGAUUGCAUUAUUUCAUCUUCUGGCAACACGAACUGACAAAGUCCGGGCUUUGCGGGAGGCUUUUUACCGACAGAAUUUGCCCAAUCUCAUGAAUCUGAUUGCUACAGUAUUUGUAUUUGCUGUAGUCAUAUAUUUUCAGGGGUUUCGUGUUGAUUUACCUAUCAAGUCUGCACGGUAUCGUGGACAGUACAGUAGCUAUCCCAUCAAGCUCUUCUAUACCUCCAACAUUCCCAUCAUUCUGCAGUCUGCCUUAGUUUCGAACCUCUACGUUAUUUCCCAGAUGCUGUCUGUUCGUUUUAGUGGCAACUUCUUGGUGAACUUACUAGGACAGUGGGCAGACGUCAGUGGCGGUGGCCCUGCUCGCUCUUACCCUGUCGGUGGCCUGUGCUACUACUUGUCCCCUCCGGAAUCCAUGGGUGCAAUAUUUGAGGACCCUGUCCAUGUAAUAGUUUAUAUAAUAUUUAUGUUGGGAUCCUGUGCGUUCUUCUCAAAGACUUGGAUUGAGGUGUCUGGGUCAUCAGCAAAAGAUGUUGCCAAGCAACUGAAAGAACAGCAAAUGGUGAUGAGAGGCCACAGGGACACCUCAAUGGUUCACGAGCUGAACAGGUAUAUCCCUACAGCAGCUGCAUUCGGUGGUUUGUGCAUUGGUGCCCUUUCAGUACUGGCUGACUUUCUAGGAGCCAUUGGGUCCGGCACUGGCAUUCUGCUUGCAGUCACUAUUAUUUAUCAGUAUUUUGAAAUAUUUGUAAAAGAACAAGCUGAAGUUGGAGGAGUAGGUGCAUUAUUUUUCUAGAUGUCCAAAUAUUUCAUGGUUUGUGUGAAAGGGAAAGUAUUUUGACAACAUGCGUCGUUUAGUCCAAUAAUGCUAUUUUCUUUUUACUUGUUUUGAAGUGCUACAUGUCCCAUUACCGUAAUGGGCACUGAGCAAUGCCUGUGUGCAGCAUUAGUACCAGCUGCCUUAAGAAUAAAGUUUACAUUCUCUUGUUUAAGUAUUAUCUAGUGUUGCCUGUAAUGCUGGAAACCAAUUCAUCUACCUUGCUGGUCAAACACUACAGUGAGAUGGUAAAAUGUAUCAGUUUGAUACCGGUAAAUGUUUUUGCACACAGCAUUAAAAUGUUACAUUUAUUUCCCUGUCCUCAAUAGGAAGAAAUAAAAUCUGAGUUCAGAUUGCCAGGUGCCAGUAUUCUUGACAAAAUUUAUUUGUAGCCUCUAUUUUACGUUCACUUUUUUAUACUUUUGUAACUUGCAUUUCCCCAUCACUGAACUCGGCACUCCUUAUUCCUUUGCGGUGUCUCCACCCAGGCACCUUUCUCUUAGCUCUAAGGGUGGACAAGCAAAUAUUUUACCGGAGGAGACUGAUACUCAUCUCACCUGUGAACUGGGUCUGGGGUGGAUUUGCUGCAUCGCUGGGCCUGGGGCGCUGCGGUUUCUUGCCCUGGGCCUCCUGCGGGACAGCGUGGCAAGCUGCCGUCACGCCAGCCAGCCGGCCCCAUAGUUCCGUUUAAACAUGUACUUGUGAAACCUGUGCCACUGAACCGUCACGUCCACUUCGCUUUUGUGAGUCUGAAGAGCAAGGCCUGGUUCCU